CAUCAUCUCCAAUCUCUAAUCUCUAAUCUCCCCCAUCGCCCAUCCCCAUCUCCAUCUCCCUCUCGAUCACCAGUCACAUCACCAGUCACUCUCGCUCACUUAUUACCACUCACCACGCACUCACUCAUUUUACCCAUCUAUCCACCUCCACCCCUUUCUUCCGACAAAACUACUUUGUACCCUCAUUUCAAAUUUCAAUUUGUACAUACUUACAUAUUUCACGACUUUCACGAUAACCUGGCUUACGUUUAACUUUCAACGGCUGCCGUCCAGCAUUGCAUUUACCACCCACGUUUCCUUGAAACAUCAAACAUCCGAUCUCCGUGCGCGCGUCCAUUUCUCCUCUGUCUGUCUACCUACCUUUGCCAUCUGACAAAGUGUGACAGCUUGUUUGUGAACAUUCAUCGACUGGACUCAUCGAAUUGUGCAACCAGUAAUAAAUUAUCUCUCGGGUGACACUCAAAGGGGGUUCUGCUUUGGGAAUUCUUCCACCUCGGGUCAUCCAAAUUUGUUUGUUUGUGAGAAGAAAAUCUAAGGGUAAAGAGUGAAGGUUGGACUUUUUUUUUUUGAUCGUUUUAAUUACAGUGGAGUGAACCAAUUUUUGAACAGAGGUUGGGGUGCCUUGAUUGUCAUUCCGACCUGUUUAUCCUACUGCCACGCGACGACGUUCGCUCCUGAAACCUCGAGACCAGAAUGGCAUCCACCUUGGAUCGAGUUGAGGUGGAGGAUAGAAUUCACCAGGAGGGACAGGCUAUGCAGCAUGAUUCUAUGGUUACAGUGCGACUUUCCGAACCGCCAAUUUUGACGCUCGACACGAAGAGGCAUUCCGACAAAAUCAUUACAAAUGAGGAAUUGGAGGCGAGCGAGGAGAUAAAUACUCCUACCGACAAAAGGCAGACGAUAAUGAGUAUAAUGGAUGUAACAGGGAAGGAAACGGAAACUGGCAGUCUCGAAGACUCGCCGAGAAUUACAAUGGUAGAUCCAAAUGGCAAUGAAGUGCCCACGCCUACAGGCUCAGAAUCAGCAGAAUCGGAACAGAAUGCUUCGCGGAGGGCAAGCGAUAGCUCGGAUACAUCAGUAGAGGAGGUUAAUUGGGAGGAAUUGGAGAAGACAGAGGAACAACAGCCGAGAAAUCAGGAUUCUGAUGAUUCCACAGCUUUGCUGCUAGCCAGGCUUGAGCAAGAAAACAAUGCGAUCGCCUCGAACCCAAAAUCUGGUAUCGCAAAGGUUCAAAAGGUUGAGAAACAACGAGCUCGCGCUCAAUCCAGACCACCAUCGAUGCAACAUCUCAAGAAAUUGGUCAAUGGCCCUACACCCUCAGCGCUUCGAUACUCCGUCACCCCUCCACCCCCCAUGACCGACCUCGAAUUCUACGCCGCACUUGUACAAGACUACCCAAGAACUGCUCAAUAUUUACCUACGUUAUUGUCGAAGAAGAUUAGAAGUGGUAUUCCCCCGCCACUGCGAGGUGUAGUGUGGCAGAGUAUGUCAGGGGCCCGCGACAGACUAUUGGAGGAGCAAUUCGAUAGACUCUGUGGCGAGUCAAGUCCAUAUGAAGGAAUUAUUGGCAAGGAUUUGGGGCGAAGCUUUCCUGGUGUCGAGAUGUUUCGUGAUCCGGAGGGAGAUGGGCAGCGCAUGCUGGGAAGAGUUCUUAAAUGCUUCAGUUUAUACGAUCACAAAAUUGGGUAUUGUCAAGGCUUGGGAUUUCUGGUUGGACCUUUAUUGAUGCACAUGGGGGACAAGCAAGCAUUCUGUGUGCUCGUCCGUCUCAUGGAACAUUAUGACCUACGCAAUUGCUUCCUUCCUGAUCUUUCCGGUCUCCACGUUCGAAUACACCAAUUUCGAGAAUUGUUAAAACUGCAUCUACCGGCCUUGUCAACACAUCUCGAUGUUUUACAAGUCGAACCUGCAUACGUUUCCCAGUGGUUCCUAUCAUUCUUUGCUACCACUUGUCCUUUACCGAUGCUUUUCCGAAUCUACGAUGUUAUAUUCGCCGAAGGUGCUUCAGAAACUAUCAUGCGAGUUGCCCUGUCAUUGAUGAGAAAGAAUGAAACCAAAAUUCUGUCAUGUACCGAAUUUGAGGAUGUAAUGCAAUUACUUCUCUCCAGGGGUUUAUGGGACGUUUAUCAUUACAAUGCCGAUGAAUUUGUCAAUGAUUUUGUUAGUCUGACAGGGAUUGUAACACACGAAAGCCUUCAGAAUUUAGAAGCGGGUUAUCGGGAGUCUCAGAUUGUUGACACUGCUAUUCCAUCAGACGUAGGAUCAGCAGCCUCACGAUUUCUCGGACGAUUAUGGGCUGGCUCAAAUUCGUCAACAAAAUCGGCCAAUCUCACACCUAGUCCAGGGCUUAGCGCCCCGUCACGUCCUGUUAGUUUCUUGAGAAGAUCCCCUUCGAAGCAGAGUUUAGCUUCUACACUAAAUUCUAUAGAGGGUAGCGGAUCAGAAAGUAUGCUGAGCACUUCAACGGAUGCAACCAGCAUUUCUCGUGAUUCAGCAACUGCUGAUGGCGCCUCCAUUCGGGCUCAAUCAUUUGCUAGUGUUAGUGCAGCAAAAACUCCAGUCAACAAGGACAAAAAUCUGCAUAGCCAGAUUGAAGAUCUUUUGAUGGCUCUAAGUGAGAUGCAGCGAGAUCAUGCUAUACUUGCUACAGAAUUGCAAAGAGAGAGGGAGGAACGUGAAGAAGAUAGGACUGCUGUGCAGCCGUUGAUUGAUGCAUUAAGAAAGAAGACUAGUGGAGAAGUAGUGGAAAGCUCUGAAAGUGAUGUCAGUGUUGAAACAGUGAAGGGAAUGGAUGUAAUUGCAGAGGAAGUGAGUCUAGAUGGAGCACCCAGAGAUGAGGAACUGGCGACACCCGACGUUGUUGACGAGUCGGAGAUUAAUGAAGUCACCGCUCUCCCGAUCAUUACCGACGAUAUUUCCAAUCUACUUGAUAUUGUGGAAGAUCGUUUCCAAAAUCCCGUCGAGAAUCGGAGAUCUUCUAUGAUGUUGACAAGAUCUCAACUGCGGGAAGAGCUCGAUCGAACGAAAGAACAGAUUCUCAUUGAGACAUCGAGGUCUCAGGAAUUGAGCAGGCGUAUUGUUGAACAAGACCAAGAAAUCAGCAAUUUGCGAGAUCAGAUCAGGGAAACUCAAGCUCAUGUUCGGAAUUCACAUCAAGAUAGACAACGAUUGGAGAAACAAGUAUACGAUUUGCGCAAUUCAAGGAAGAGUGCUCAAUCGACACCGGAUGGUUCAAGAGAUCAUGAGAUUGAGUGGGGCGUCAAAAGUGCAACUACAGGAGGACUUCGAGAGUUGAAACUUGUUCGCUCAAAUUCCAAUCGUUCGGUAGCCACGACUUACAAUAAACGAAGUUCAAGCCUCAUCUCUCCGCAAAAUCUCAAAGAGAAUGAAAAUUUCCGCGCUUCUACAUCGUCUGACCAGCAGCGUUCUUCCAAGGAAGAUGUAGAUUCUGAUUCAUUGGUUCUUGAACUUGUACAAGCAAAAACUGCUGAAGCGGUUGCCAAACAAGAAGCAGAAGAAGCCAAGCUCAAAUUAGAGAGCUUGAAGAAGAUGUUGGCCGGCUUACAAAAUGGUGAAAUGCCAACCUCGGGUUUUGGACAUUCGUCAAAACCUAGCCUUGAUAGGUCGAUGACAACUAUACCUGCAAAAAGUACUGUUCCCAAGAUUGAAACACCAAAUGCGCCAGCUAGUGUGCCCGCUACACCAGCACCAGCUAGCGGCGGUGGAUUCUGGGGUUGGGGAAAGAAAGCUGCUGUUAGUACUGAAGGAAAAUAGAAGUUUAUUGAUAUAAAGGUUUCUUGGUGUGGAUGUUUGAGAUGUUGGGAUAUUGGCAUAUGAUACGUGUUGUUUAAAGCAUUGGAGGAGGAUAUGAAGGAUGGGAAGAAUUGAUGAGAAUGAAUUGAACAAUUGCAGGAGGUUCUUUUUUUUUCUUUUACUUAAGCUUGUUUGCUUAUCAUUGUUUGUACUUGCUUUUGCCCUUUUGGUACAUUUCUUCGACGCGAUUUUUUGACUUUACAAGCAAAAUACCCGAGAGUGCGUGGCCUUACGUAGAUGGCUCUUUUUAUACUAGUGAAGGGGGCUUGCGGAUGUAGAUUUAUUGUUUAUUGGUGAAAGUGGGGGUUGGGUGUUUAUAGAAAGGAUUUGAGGCUCUGAGAUCAGGAGUGAGGAGUGAGGGGGGAGGGAAGAGUAUUUUGCGAAGGAUGUAUAGUGUAUGAUGCAUGGUUGGUGAAGGGGGGGGAUGGUUUAAGGGAUGUAAGAAAAGGAGAGGGCGAGGGACUUGGUUGGCGAGGACUGGGUGAGGAUAGAUAGAGUGAAUGGAAGAUAGGAAGGGAAUGGAAUGGAAUGGAAUGGAGA